AGGUGGUGGUUGGAACUCGAGCUGCAGCAACUGGGUUGAGAGAAUACAACAGUCAUUCUGAAUUUCAAGUUGUCUGCUGCUAUGGACACGGAGAGAGGGAUAACACAGGGAGGCGUGUAAAUGACAUUGUCUAAGAGCUGGUUGAUCACCUGUCAAGUCAGAAGGCUUCAUCAAUCGGGGAUGAUCCAUUAAGGCAAUAUGACUGCUUAUUAAUGUUCAUAUGCUUCUUGCACACUCAAGCUUCUGAACGUUAUCUAUCUCUAUUGACUUGGAGCAAAGAAUAAUCUUGGACGAGGGGAGAGCGCUUUUUGCAGGACAAAUUCGAUAUUCCUCUAAACUGUGCUUGUAGCACAAGUACGGUCGAUAGGUGUUUGGGAAGACUGUUGGUGAAUAUUAACGAAAAACCAACGUCAAAAUCCUUGUCAAUUUCUACUACACCUGACAGUCAGUUGAUUGGAGGCUGCGCUGAGGUGGGGGUUUAAGGGGUGAUAAUCAAUAUGGCCCAUCAAGGACGAGCUCAGAUGGGUCCGCCAUCCCAGCACAACAUGACGAUAGAAAAGACUCCUUGGGCAGUGGGCAAAAUAUAUCCGAUUAUUGCGGGGAGAUUAUCAUUUACUGCUCACAGAAAUGAUGAUCAUACGCUGACAGAGAUCAAAAGACAGCCAGCAUUAUUUUUCUUCUCAUCCGACCUGCAAGAACGCUAUGAACCAUACUGUGCGGAUUUUGGGCCUGUAAAUCUAGGUGUUGUGCACCGCUUCUGUACAUUGAUGAAUGAGAGAAUGAAUGAUCAACGACUUGCUAAGCGUCAUCUCGUUUACUACACGGAUGAAAAUACACCUAUUCGAACAAACACAGCAUUUCUCCUUGGGGCUUACCUGGUCUGUGUACAAGGUUGGAGUCCUGAACAGGCAGCAUUGCCAUUUGCCGCGAUUGAACCAUCACCAUUCAAGCCAUUCCGAGAUGCAACAUAUUUGCCAUCGGAAUACCCUCUGACUCUUCUGGAUUGCUUUUCCAGUUUGCACAAGGCGAUCACGGUCAAUUUUUUCAAUUACGAUGAGUUUGACGUUGAGGACUACGAAUUCUGGGAUCAUCCUUUGAAUGGAGAUCUUCACAUGGUCAUGCCAUGUGCGGGUCCCAACGUUUCAAAAUUUAUAGCAUUCAAAGGUCCGUCAGCAAAACGAGAAAAAAUUGCGCCUGGAGUGUAUACAUUUACGCCUAAGGACUAUAUCGAAGUUUUCAAGGACAAGGGAGUUACAGCAGUGGUUCGCUUGAACGAACCGGAUACAUAUGAUGGAAAAGAAUUCAGCAAGAAUGGGAUCAAUCACUAUGAUCUCUACUUCGAUGACUGCACCGUUCCCCCAGCCAACAUAGUCAGUCAAUUUCUUGAUAUUUGUGAUCGAGAACGGGGGGCCCUUGCUGUGCAUUGCAAGGCUGGAUUGGGAAGAACUGGGACUCUGAUUGCGCUUUGGUUAAUGAAAAAUUAUGGUUUUACAGCAAAUCAAUGCAUAGGAUGGUUGAGAAUUGUUCGUCCGGGGAGUAUUAUUGGACCUCAGCAAGGGUAUUUGAAAGUUUGUGAGAGCGGGUAUUUUGAUGGAAACAAUCUGGUUCUUCCCAAGUCAUCCGAGCAGAAGCAAACUUCAGCAGAUGAAUCAGCGGCACUUGCCAAGCAAGUUGCUGAGGCCAUGAAUCUUCGUGCGGGAGCGAGACGGUAACCAACGCUACACAUGGAAUGGAUUUUGGCAGUUGGGUUCUGUUGUUAUGUUUGGUUCUCUCGUGAGGUUGGGCAUCAACCCAGUUCCUGUAACAUCAUUUGUAUAUUUCUUAUGUGGGGCGGCAACAGCAAAUGCAAGUACGCGAUUCGGGGGAUCCUAGUGAACGUGCCAGUGCGCGCUUUGAAGUUGUACAAACAUGCUGUUGUGGCAUCUAUUAUUGUUUCUGUUGCGUCAAGGAGGCAACAAGUGGAAUCACUGACCGAACAUUCUCAAAGUUUUGAUCUUAUUGCCUGAAAUGUUCUCGUCAGCGCAGCUCUUCUAUGGUGCAGUAUGGAGGCUCAUGUUGCUGCAAACUAAGUAUCUCAAGUCUUCAUUACGUUGUCAUAUUACGUGAGCGAUUCAUGUGAUUGGACUCUAAUGAAUUUUCAGUUUUUCUUAAACAAAGCAAGUCAAC